AUGUCCCUAAUUUCCAUAAUAUGCUCUCGCACACUUCUGAAAUUGUCGAAGGUUUUGCUUAAAAGCUUCUUCAUCAGGGAGCUUGCCAAUGUCUUAUCAGAACUAACAAGUUGUUCCUCAACGGCCUGGAUGAACUCUUUGGCAUUCUGGGAUAGUUCCCCUAAUGCCCUUAAUGACGGAGGUCCUAUGAUUGGAGGGCUAAGAGUUGUGCCUAAAAUCCAAAUCACAAAGGAAGCUCAACGAUCAUCUGCUCUCCCUAGUUGCCUCAAGACUACAAUCUCAUGCUCCAUCGCUCAACCGGAAACGCUUCAAAGUGUUCAAGGCAUCAUAUCAAAGCAGCUGUCCAUUGAUGAAACUACUGUGACCCCCCAAACCAAGUUUACCGAUUUGGGUGCUGAUUCACUUGACAUAGUGGAAAUUAUGAUGGCUCUGGAAGAGAAAUUUGAAGUGUCAAUUGGAGAAGGGGGUGCUGAGAAUAUCUCAACAGUUCAAGAUGCUGCUGACCUGAUUGAGAAAGUGAAGGCAACCUCAGCUUAG